AUGUCUGGGCUUGAGAUUCCAGCUUUUAUCAUCGGCCUUGGCGGCCUGAUCUCUGUUUUUGAAAAGGGUUUUGAAGUGUGGCGCGUUAUCCGAAGAGCCGAUGAUUUUGGGGAUGAUGUCGCGGACUGGAUGUGCAAGUUGGAGAUGGAGUUCUUUCGGUUCCAGACUUGGUGGACUGCUUUGGAACACCUUGCACUUACGAAAAAGUCGUCGCAUUCUGUUCUAAAUGUGCCACUUCAAUCAUCGCCUUUACAGGUGACGCUGGACAAGCAGUUCGGCAAACCGAUUAUCGACGCUGCGACGAGCGUUCUGAAGCUGCUUGAGAAGAUUGAGGGAAUACUACAGCGAAACGGUGUCUUGUUAGUUAUGCAGGCUGAACCUGUUAUAGCAGAUCCAGCUGUAGACCUUGGCGAGGCCACCGCAAAAUCGAGACAGCGACUGAAGCGAUUUGCGAAUGAGCUUUUGAAGCAUACACCAUGGACAACUCGGAUCAAGCACAGCACAAGUCCAUGGAAAGAAGACUCUGACAAAACCGCACUCGACGAUUCUCUCGAGUCCAUAAUCUACUGGAACAACACUCUGUACAGCAUACUGCCCCAGAAUAUUCGGGACAGUAUCCUCGAGCUUGGAAUUGCUGGCUACGCUUUGGACUCGUCAGAAAACAUCAAAGACAUCGUCAACUUGUCCAGUGAUCGCAAUGGAACAUUGAGCCAAAGCGCCAAGUCAAUGUCGAUACGACAGCGCUUCAAAGAUGGCGUGGUCUUGAGUGCUGACAUGGAUGCUAUACUCCAGCAAAUGGAGCUCAAAGAAACUGCAUUCGAGGGUCUUGUCGCAGCGGAUGUCUUCAAGGGAUGUCAAUACUCGAUCUCUCAGUACACCUCUCACGACGGUCAAACUUGUCGUGUCUUCAUCGAAUGGAUACCGAUUCCAAAAGACUUCGACGCUUAUAAGCUGGCUCACUCUCGGAUGGCACGGAUCUCAUAUAGCUUACAGCAGAUUGGAACAUUUUCAGGAAUACAGCCUCUGCCAGCUCUUGGAUUCGUUGAGUUAGGGGGCGCAAGAUCGUUUGGUCUUGUGUCGACCUUGCCUCGCAGCUUUACAUCAUCUACAAAGGUUCAUACACUUUACGAUAUGUUGUCGGGGGGUCAAAAGUCGGUGGCGGGUAGCAAACUAGCUUCGCGAGUGCAGCAUGCGCUCCCAACUCUGAACCAGCGGCUUCAGCUUGCCUCGAAACUGGUGAUGGGGUUCUACACUUUUCUCCUGACUCGGUGGCAUCACGAGCGGUUCAAUUCUCUGCACAUCGCAUUCCUGAUAAAUGAGGCGGACACAAAGUCAAAGGCACUUGACCUCAGUCAACCUAUUAUUGGAGGGUUCGCAAUCUCUCGACCAGAUUCACCCACUGAGCUUUCCAUUUCAGCGUCAGUUGAAGACACCGAAGCUGUUUACCUACAUCCCGAUAUACGUAAGCGUCUCAAAUCAAGAGUCAAGCAGACUGGCAACGAACAGCGUUUCCAGCGCGUCCAUGACAUUUACGCUGUUGGACUAUUACUAGCUGAGAUUGGCUAUUGGCGACCCAUCGCAAAAGUCGCUGAGUCUGGAGCAAAAGGCUCAAAAGCAGACUCCAUGUCGCCCGAGCAGUUUAAAGAAGCCGUUAUCAAGAAGUGUAAAUCAGAUCUAGCCUUCUUCGCUGGCGAGACUUACAGGGAUAUCACGCUGCGGUGCUUACUCGCUGGCGAGUCCGGCGGGGUUCAGGCAGAAAAUGAUGCGGCUGGUUUAAACAAUCUGUAUUGGGAUGUUGGAAUCAAUCUGAUGACUAGUUAG